UUGACAAAAUUGGACGGCUGUCAAGUUGCGAAAUAUUUGUUUUUGUGCAGUAAGAAAAUAUAUUAAUUGUACUACCAUGGCAAGCGCUCUACCUAUGGAGUCCAACCCGGAGGUGAUGAACAAAUACCUGGUGAAGCUGGGCGUGUCCAACAAGUGGAGGAUGGUUGACGUCAUCGGGCUAGAAGGUGAAGCCCUGAACUGGGUGCCUCGCCCUGUCCUAGCAGUUGUCCUGCUCUUCCCUCUAUCUGAUGCCUACGAGCAACACAGACGCGAGCAAGAGAACGAACUGCUCCAGAAAGGCCCUCAAGCACCCAAAGACGUGUUCCACUUGAAACAAGUCCUCAGCAAUAUCUGCGGAACAAUAGCCUUAGUUCACAGCGUCGCCAAUAAUACGCACAACAUUGAAAUAAACGAUGGAUUACUGAAGAAGUACUUGAACGAUGCACAAGGUCUAGAUGCCGCAGCUAAAGGAGCACUACUAGAAAAUUCCACGGCAAUCCUAGAAGCUUACAAAGAUAUCGCACACGUUGAUAGCGCUGAGGGCGAAGAGGUCACUGAAACUCCGAACAAUCAUUUCGUAACUUUCAUUCACAAAGAUGGUAUUCUGUUCGAGUUGGAUGGCCGCAAAUCGUUCCCAAUAAACCACGGCCCGACGACUCCGGAGAAUCUGCUCGAAGACGCUGCGAAGGUUUGCCGCCAGUUUAUCGAAAGAGAACCGGAUAAUAUCGGCUUUAACAUUGUGGCACUAGUUCCCGCUGAUUAAUACUUUUAUUGCAUGAAUGCCUCCAUGAGCUUGUUAAUUUGUCAGCAAUUUAA